AAGCAAGCUCUCAGAAAAUAUUAAAAAAUGGGUGCCAGCAACAGCAAGCCGCAGACUGUGCAGAUGGCAAAUCCUAUGCCCUUUGAGAUUACUCGGGAUGUGGUGCAUAGGAUCGAUCAGGCCACCGCCAAAUCCACUAAACAGGGGACUACCAUCAGCGAAAAAUGCAGUCAAAGGCCCACAGUAGGAGCGCGUUCCGAUUCUCCCACUACCAUGGAACACAAGCCGAAUGAAGUGCAGGACAUGACUCCUGUAAAAGUAGCCAAGUCCUGGAAAAGGCGCUCCCUUGAGGUUGAGGAAACUGAGUUUGGAAAGUCCUUGCAGCGAGUUCAGGACCUCUUUGGGAAGCCCGUAAAAUGGGCCAAGGACUGUGAAGGCGAGAUCGGAAAGUUCGAGAAGGAACUGAUACACUGCUAUCAACGGUAUCCCGACGAACCUCUGCAGUGCUCAAAUUUGGCCAGACAGUAUCAUCGCUUCGUGUUUUCCAGGCAGACCGAUGAAAUUUCCAAACAGAGGAGUCCCACUGGCUCCGCUGGUCCCAAGUCACCGUCGACUAUGUAAUGGUCGUCAUUCUGAACGGAAUGCCCGCCUAUCAUUUUUCAGCCAGAAAAACCAAAAACAAUAGUUUUCGCAAACCCCUAUUAAAGUAUACUUUACGGCAGCGAGGGGUAAUCUUAGCUUAGCUUUUGCGUAUCAGCUGCAUUGUUCAGUGCCGCCAACUGGGUUCAAAUUUCCAUGACGUUCCAAGAAAGAAAGCUUGAGAGUCUGGAAAUUUUCGGUAUAUAAACGCCCACGCGGACUGCAAUCAGUCUCUUUCACAACCCGCAAAAGUAUUCUUCUCCGACCGUCGUCUAAUUGAUCUUAAAAAAAAAAAAACGCUACCAGGUUAAGUCGACGCGCCAUUGAUAAAGUAUAGCACGCCAAUUAAAUUGCACAAAACCCAAACCAUGAUCGUUUUUGCAUAAGUGAAAGAGAAUUUCCUAUCGGAUGUGGCAGAUUGCAGUCCGUUCGGGAAUGGCAUAAUCUCAUGUGCCCCAAACACGUGCUAAGUAGUGGAAACAUUUCCGGAAGAUCUCUUCCGCUGCUGCUUUAUUUUCACUUCCUGGAAAAACCUCUUAGAUCAUAGUUCGAGGGCUGCCCGGGCUCAAGCUCCAAUACGCCAGCGGCUUGCUAACACUAAAAGGCUAAAGCCAACCAUCUCAUGAGCCAGUAUUAGUCGUCUGGCGUAGGGAUUUUACGGGUCUGGGAGGUCUUAUCCGUCCCCACCAAAUACCGGCAGUCAAGGCAGUCCCAUCUAUUAACGCCCCGGAGGAAUACCGUAGCAGAUUCGAAGCAGAACAGCGAGUCGAUUGACUACCCCCCUAGGAACCGCGACUGACCCCUGAAGAACAGAGACUCUUCUAACUCUACGUAGCAUUCUAACAAAGAAAAAUAUUUUAAGAGUAGUGGUUGCGGAAAUUAAUAAUUUGUGGAACCCGACCAUCGCUGAACCAAAAUCAUCGUUUGCCCAUAUAAUCUUUAUUAGUGUAGAUGCCAAAAUAGAAUUCACAGCUAACAACAACACCGUCUCAUCACUAUCACGCUGGAAGGCCUUUCAACGCUGGAAGUUUAACCAUAAUCGCAAAAAAUGAAUGGGCACACCAAGGACUGAACUGCGUAAAUGACAAAAGUACAUAAACAAGAAGGAAGCACCAAAGCACCGUACAGAAGGGGAGUUACUCCGAUUAAAAAUUAGUUGCGUUUUUGAAUAUUGAAAUGAAAAUAAAUAUGAAAUUGAAAUCCA